AGUGAGAAGUUGAACUCGGUUGUGUGCAGAACGUGUCGGUUCAGCUCUAUCCCCCUUAAGAGGUGUGUUUAACCCCUAAAUAAAUAGCUAUCUAUAUCUCACAACUGGCGCGAGCGUAUAUCUGGUCCACCAGUAUACGAAAAGUUUAUUUGCACCUCCCAAAGUGCAAAGUGACUCCACAAUUUGGACUACACACAGAACUUUCACCCUUUGCAUUAUUUUUGAGAAAAAUCUAAAAUUGUGUGUGAUUGUUUCCGAAUAAUUUGCUAUAUAUUUUUUGUGAGCUUUGUGGUGUCUACUCACGUAUUUUUGGGGAGGAAACCCCCGUGGACAAUGUAGCAAUGAAUAAGCUGCUUCGGUAUUUGGACCAAGAUGACGUUGGGCGUAAUACAAGUGUUACGUAAUGUUGGAUCUCGUGAAUUUUAAGACACAACCAGCAGACAAAGUACCACCACCCAUCUUUUGGAUACACAAUACCACAUCUUAAUCAAAUACUCUAUGUGCUCCAUAUAUAAAUUCAAUUUAUAACAUGUCGCUUCAGGUGAAAUGAUGGUGAUACUACAGACGCGGUGGAGUGUUUAAGUGCAAAAUUCACUUUUGAGUGGGGAGUAAUAAUCAAUUAAUUGAAAAUGCCACCAACAACCGGCGAGACCCUGAGAGCCUGGCUCCUGUCGGCACUCGUUGUGCACGGUGCCGUUGCCGGGAAUCCCGAUGCAAAGCGCCUCUAUGACGACUUGCUGAGUAAUUACAAUAAAUUAGUGCGACCAGUUGUCAACACAUCUGACGUCCUGAAGGUGUGCAUCAAGCUCAAAUUGUCCCAGUUGAUUGAUGUGAAUUUGAAGAACCAAAUCAUGACGACAAAUCUGUGGGUGGAACAGUCAUGGUAUGACUACAAACUACGAUGGGAACCAAAGGAAUACGGAGGAGUUCAAAUGCUUCAUGUUCCAUCGGAUCAUAUUUGGCGACCAGAUAUUGUUCUCUACAAUAAUGCGGAUGGAAAUUUCGAGGUGACUUUAGCGACAAAAGCAACAAUUUAUUCAGAAGGUUUAGUUGAAUGGAAACCACCGGCUAUUUACAAGUCUUCUUGCGAAAUUGACGUCGAAUACUUUCCUUUUGAUGAACAAACGUGUGUUUUAAAAUUCGGCAGCUGGACUUAUGAUGGGUUUAAGGUGGAUCUACGGCAUAUGGAUGAGCAAUCCGGAAGCAAUAUUGUGGACGUCGGGGUGGAUCUAUCGGAAUUCUAUAUGUCCGUCGAGUGGGAUAUUCUCGAAGUGCCAGCUGUUAGAAAUGAAAAAUUCUACACAUGCUGUGAUGAGCCAUACUUGGACAUAACAUUCAACAUAACAAUGCGGAGGAAAACAUUGUUCUAUACGGUUAACAUAAUCAUACCCUGCAUGGGGAUUUCAUUUUUGACCGUUUUAACGUUCUAUUUGCCAUCGGACAGUGGCGAAAAGGUCACACUCUCCAUAUCAAUUUUAAUUAGUCUCCAUGUGUUCUUUCUGCUAGUCGUCGAAAUUAUCCCCCCAACAUCCUUAGUUGUGCCACUGUUGGGAAAAUAUCUUAUUUUCGCCAUGAUAUUAGUGUCAAUAAGUAUAUGCGUCACCGUGGUGGUACUAAAUGUACAUUUUCGAUCACCACAAACGCAUCGGAUGGCACCGUGGGUUAAUUUUGUUUUUAUCCAAAUCCUGCCAAGGGUCCUCUUCAUGCGACGCCCUCAAUAUAGCUUUGAGUCAAAAUACAGGAAGCACUUGCUACGAGAUCCACACAUCUCCUUCUACCCCUACUACUCUACAUCGAAUUUGGAUCAAAUAGCACGGAUGAGUCGGUCCCCUUCGAAGGAGGACAUGUCCCCAUCGAGCUUAACAGCAACAGGACCCUUUGGGGGUAGUUGCCAGAUUCACGGACCUGUACCACAUUCCGAAUCGGAGGAUCUAUCGUGUGAAGCGGACCUGGAUGAAGGUGCUACCACAAUAAAGAGCCCAAUUAUACCCAAUCCCGGUUUCUCACACAGCCACUGUCCGCAGGACAUGCACAAGAGUUGCUUCUACGUGCGAUUUAUUGCGGAGCAUACCAAGAUGCUGGAAGAUUCCACAAAGGUAAAAGAGGAUUGGAAGUACGUUGCAAUGGUGCUAGACCGCCUAUUUCUCUGGAUAUUCACCCUAGCCGUCCUCGUGGGAACUGCGGCAAUUAUUCUACAAGCCCCCACCCUGUAUGAUGACCGCAUUCCAAUAAUUGAUAAAAAAUUCCCUGAAUUUGCAUCAGCAACAGUCAUGAGAUGUCCACCGCAAUAGCAAUUCCCGAGUACUUUCCUAAAUCCCCUGGCCCCUAUUUUCAGUAUUGUGCAUUGGAAUUAGUGCCUGGUAUCUCUUAAAAAAAAUCUCCGGAACAAAAUAUACAUCCCCCAAGAAAGAAGAAAAAUGUUUUCUGUAUAUAAAUACAACACAACACAAAAAAAACGGUCCGAUAUUUUCAUUGUACGGGUUCAACCAAAUAAAUAAAAAAUAGUAAAGAGUUUUAAAAGAAAAUCUUAAUCUUAUUAAUCCAUCUAAGUCUUAUUAAUUUUUGUAAAACCGUAUAUAUUUAACUAACGUAUAUUGUAAUUUCUAUAUAAUGGAGCCUUUUUGAGUAGUUAUGUGAGAUUGGAGAAAGAGUCAGCGUAAAUCCAUUUCAAUACCCCAAAAUUCAGAACUUUUAUUUAAUAGUAAAAAAAAUACACAAGACAAUAACAAAAUUUUCCUUCUCAUUUAACACUUAAAACAAUUAGUUAAUUUUACUUUUCGAAUUUGUUUUGGAAAAAUAGAGACAAAGAAGAAGAAAUCAAUGAAUUCUAGUAAUUAACAAUGAGGUAGAAUUUCAAAAUUCUUUCACGUUCCUAAACACAUAUUUUGUAACACACAAAAAAAAGAAAUGUAAAAUUACAGGAAGAAUAAAAAUCUCACAGAGAGGAAAUGAGAACAAAUUUAGAAAUUUCUUAUGUAUAAGAGGUAUAAAAUAAAUUAUACUUUCUGUCCCCAAAUUCCAAUGAGCUAAUUUGCCACAAAAUUUGGAGCGUUAUAAUUCUAAAACAAUUGUAAAAGAAUGAGUAAUAUUUAUUAUUAAAGAAAAAAAGAAAGAAAAUAUUUAAUCUCCCCAACAACUAAACGUAAAAACGUAAUGAAAACCAAAUACGAGUAAUUAAAUAAAGAAAGAGAAAAAAAACACAAAUUACAUAGAUGGAAGAAAGUAUCAAAGUAGAAAUCGAGUUCAAUGGCAGAAUUUGCUAAAAAAAAAAAUAUUUAGAAAAUAUGUAAUAAACUAAUUAUAAAAAAAAUAGGAUAAUUUUAAGAGAAAAAAAGAACGUAAAACAUAAAUAAAAACGCACAAACAGCGUUUGUUGCAGUAUGAAGUAAUGAUUUUUUUAGUAGACCAUUUUACUGCCAUUCUAUUUAUUAAAAAAUAAAUAAAUAAGAAAAUAAAACGAGAGGUAUUUAUAAUUCACAUAAAAAUUAGUUUUAAAAAGAAUUGUGAGAGAAUGAAGAAAUAGCUCUCACUAAUGUUAAUGUUUUAUACGUUUUUUGCGGUCUAUAUUGAGGAGUUUUUGAGCUAUAAAACUGUUUUUUAAAGUUAGAAUAUUUUUGUGCUAAAUACUUCUAAAUUAACGUUCUAACCGCCUUGAUUUUCCUCAUUUUCCGACAUAAAAAAGUCCAAAUCAGAGCUAAAAAAUCCAAAAUAUUCUGCCAAAUUUUUAAAUUUGAGUGAGGGCUAUAAAAAAAUAAAAUUAUGACUCUAGAAAGUUAACAUUAAUUAUUAAGAGAUAAAAAGAAAAUUAUUUGAGAUAAAUGUCGUGAAAAUAGAAAUGAGAAAAGAAAAUCAAGCAAAAAAAAAGUAUUUUACUAAAAAACCAAAAAAAUUGCAUAUUUUUGAAAGUCAAUGAAAAGAAAAGAAGAAUGUAACGGAAAAUGAAUUAUAGGUCGUAUAUCGAAGAAUUUUCUCUAUUUCUGUGUGACAAUUAAUAAAUUUAAACGAUCGACACACUUUUUUUUUAGUUGAUCAAAGUGCGGAAAACUAACGACUUAUGAUAUAAGUAAAAGAAAAAAAAUCUCUUAAAAUAGCAGAAAGAUACUUUCACAUGUAUAAAAUUCUAUUUCUUAGUUAGCUGUAUACCUACUACUAUAUGUCUCUUCUCCUCUAUACCUUUGAUAGCUCUAUCUCCUUUAAUGGUUAGAAAAAAGGAAGAAGAAAAUCUAUAUAAAAAUCAUUUUUAAAGCUGGAGUAUGAAUUAAUCAAUGCACAAAACAAAACCUCUUAAUGUCAAAAAGAGAGAGAUUAACAAGAGUCCGUUGAGAAAAUUGAUAAGGUAGAAUAUAAAUAUUAACAGUCCUCUAAAUAAAAGAAGAAGAAAAAACUGCACCUCCACCCCAGAAAGUUAUUCAAUGUAAAUAUAAUCUUUACACAGACAUCGGAAUAUUCUCCUCAUAAAUUGUACAUAAGAUAUACAUAUUCUGUUAUCCAUUACCCAUGUUGAGAGUUCUCAAAAUUUACUAUAUAUUAAUAUUGUAAACGUUAGUCAGACACAGAGAGAUUUAUGGUGAUAGUCACCCUAUUAAUCUAUUUGGGUCCCAAAGGGUGUGGCGUUCAAGUGAAUUUAUAAUAUAAAAUUCUAAUUUAAGAAUAAGUUUCCUAACAAUUUUUUUAAGGAAAUUAAUAUUCAAAUUUUUGAGAGAUUUUUUUUGGAAAUUACUAACUGCAACAAGUGUACCAAGUAACCCCAGUUUCCCCUAACAGUAUAAGAAAAUCAAUUGAUUAAUGAGAUCUCUUAGGCAAACUGUUGGAAUUGACAGGUACUUUUAAUGUUUUCAUUUUUCUUUGGGUUUUCUUAAAUUUGGUUUUCUGAUGUUGAUUAGAUUUGUAGCCUAUAAUUAUUGAAGUGUAAGAAAAUCACUUUUCGCCAUCUUAGGUGCGACGCCAUCUUGUGAUUUUCCGACCCUUCAAAGAACUGCCUAAAACACAAAGGUAGGUUUUUCUCAGGAUCUACUGGAUGGAUUUUGAUGAGUUAAAAAGCAAAUGGAAGAUGAAAUACCAAUGCAGAUUUUGAUGUACCAGAAUUUUGAAUUUCCAUUCUGGGGCUGAGAAAAGUGAAAAAACGUCACAAAUAUCUGAAAAAAAAGUCACAUUAUUCCACUUUUCUCAGCACGUGAAAGGAAAUUCAAAAUUCUGGUACAUCAAAAUUUGCAUUGGUAUUUCAUCUUCCAUUUGCUUUUUACCCCAUCAAAAUCCAUCCAGUAGAUCUUGAGAAAAACCUUCCUUUGUGUUUUAAGGAAAAUCUCAAGGUAGUGUCGCACCUAAGAUUGCGGAGUAUUUUUAAACUCUUCAAUAAAAAAUCUUUAAAUGUGGCCAACACUGGAAAACCAAGUUUAAGGAAAACCCCCAAGAUAAAUAAAAAAUUUAAUUUCAUCAGCUCUCAAAAGAGACCUCCCUAAAAAAGCAAUAGAACAAAGCACCUGAUACGCCACACCUUGUAAUUGGGAGCCAGAGAAAAUCUAUCCUUCCUUAUUUUUUAGCCAAACUGGUGUUCAUAAUGUAAUUGUUAUGCCACAGUGAGCAUUAUUUAUCAUUUUUAACGGAAUGAAAUAAAGUAAAAUUAUGUAAAUCAAAAA